CUGUACAUACUGUUGAUAUUUCUCGAUUCCAUUAUUUCGUUUUUCGACAUACGUUUUAUGCAUAAAUUGAUCAUGAGUACUUCGUCCUCAUCAUCGUCAUCGUCAUCGUCCGAUUUAUCUGAAAUGUCUAUCGGAAAUGUUUUUCGAUUCUACUUCAUCUUGUGAAGACGAAAAUAGACAUUGCAUAACAAAUUAUGAAGCUGUCAUUUCUGAGUACAACGAACAAGAGUUUGUAAAACAUUUUAGAUUAAGAAGAGAUGUUGUUAACCAACUUAUUUUACAGUUUUCGCAAUCAGUGCAUUACACAUCUAUCGUAAAUGAUUUCGGUCGAGAUGCUAUAUCUCCUGAGAAGCAUUUAUACACAUUCUUGUGGUUCGUUGGCCAUGAAGUAUCAUCGUAUAGAGACUGUGCAGACCGCUUUGAUCUGUCACUGAGUGUACUCUUUGACAUCAUUACAAGAGUAUCUGAUUAUUUGGUCGAUAUUGCACCACAGUAUAUUCACUGGCCUAAUGAAGAAGAAAUGGAAAUAACUAAAACAUAUUUUCAAAAUGUGAAGGGUUUUCCAAAUGUAAUUGGGUGCAUCGAUGGGACCCACAUUCGCAUUGAUAGGCCAAAAGUUCCGGGAUCUGUACACGAUGCAGUGUUUAGACAUUCGCCACUGAUUGAAAAAUUACUUAAUCCAGAAUUACGCGGAUGGCUUUUGGGAGAUAGUGCAUAUCCGUGCCUUCCGACAUUAAUGACACCCUAUAAAGACAAUGGUCAUCUAACUGCUGCUGAAAUUUCGUAUAAUGCCAAAUUAUCGUCAUGUCGUGUGCGAGUUGAGCAUACUAUUGGCAUUUUGAAGCAACGGUUUCGCGCGCGCGCGCGCGCGAUUCCUCUACCACACCAAAUUGCGAAGUAUCGAAAGGAGGAUAAAAGUUAUAUAUGCAUGUUGUGUAUUGCACAAUAUGUGUAGUACAGACGACCUUGAUUUGUUCGAUCCACAAUUAGAUGAGAUUGUCGAUAUUAGAAUGAAUGUGAACAAUGAAAACCCAAAUAUAUAUGAUGAUAUACCUAAUGGAUUCGCAUUAAGGAAUGAAUUGCGUGAUAAUUUAUUUCAACGACCUUUAUAAGAAUAAAUAACAAUAUGUAUUA